UUCUUUUGUAACCUUGGCCAGAUCUGUGCCUUGCCACAAUUCUGUCUCUGAGCUCCUUGGGCAGUUCCUUCGACCUCAUGAUUCUCAUUUGUUCUGACAUGCACUGUGAUGCUGUAAGGUCUUAUAUAGACAGGUGUGUGCCUUUCCUAAUCAAGUCCAAUCAGUUUAAUUAAACACAGCUGGACUCCAAUGAAGGAGUAGAACCAUCUCAAGGAGGAUCAGAAGAAAUGGACAGCAUAGCAGUCCCCAGUGUACGCCCUGUUGUAUGAAGGUGUCUUUGGAACAGCAAGUGGCAGAGCUGAAGGUGAACACUGAGGUCCAAUCAGUGGAUACUCCAUCUGAUCUAGAGGACGGCCAACUAAUUUCAGCAUCUGAUGGGACAGGGAAGACAGAGACAGGAGAAACAGACCCAACAAGAUGGGCCAAGGUUACUGAUGCUUUGGGGGAGAUGAGGGACGUUGACCCCAGUCAGGAGUAUUCUCAACAAGCCCACAAAGUUAAGACUUAUAUAUUUGGGUUGAUCCAACGUCGAGCUGUACCCACACACUCUUCAAAGCUACGUACCAGCCUGGUACAUGAUGCCCGAGCUGUCAGUGUGGUGAGGCAGAGUAGUAUAUGCCGCAUGGAGAAGCAACAUUCACCAAAACAGGUGUCUGUUCAAGAGAUCUCUACUCGAUCCCAGGGUUCAGAGGGAACGGCUCCAGAGGCUCCCCAUAACCUUGAUCAGGACCCUUAUCUAGGGACAGGGUUUACUGAAGAUGUCCCACCUCUGUACCACCACAAUCUCCAGCAAAGUAUCCAACAUCAACCAGUGCUUCAUCACAGGCCCAGGCAGAUGAACACCUCCCGUUCAACAUUGGAGGACUAUGCAUCUUACAGAGUGCUGAAAGCCCACCCAGACUCAAGUAAUGGCGAGUUUGAUACACCUCAACAUUUCCACAAUUACCCUUCGCAUCCAGCUCUGUCAAAGCCUCACCAACCACUUUCACCUGAAGAGCAGCUGGUCAAAGCAGAGUAUAUUCCAGCCCAGCCUGGCCGAGCCUUCACCAGAGCUUAUGCCCAUCACCACUCCGACCCCUACAAGGGGCCUGGGGUGCCGAACCGAACCAGAUAUUUGCCAGAAAGAAACCAUCAUCAUCAAGAGCAGCAGCCCACAGCACCUCAGAUCCAACCUUCAAGAUCCCGAGGGGCAAAGAAGUGUCACUCAAAUGAAGACAGAAAUGGUGCUAGCAGGAAGCCAGGGAAGAAGGCAUGUAGGUCUCAGUCAGAGAAUAGCCUGCAAAGGGCUCCAGAUCGCAAGUACAAUACAGUGGAGAGAGAUGGUGGAGGAAGUGGAAGCGGUGGAAGGGGAAGCCGUAGUAGUCAAUCCAGGAGCAAGAAACAACAGCAAGGAGGUGGUAGCUGUCGGCCCUGGCAAUCCACCCUGGAGCUCAGUCAAGAUGAGACUGUCCAGCCACCAAUGCAGGCAACCAUGCGAGGCUCUUCAGCUUCAAACCAAAGGGACCAUUGUGCAAGGCGCACACACAAAUAUCGCCAUACACAUACAUCACAUGCCUACAUAAACUAUCACCACUCCCACCAUCAUCAGCACAUGGAGUACCAGUUAGAGAGGGAACAAGUGCCAAUUUGUCAACCUAAUGAGGAAUACCCUAGCUUACGUCAGGGUGAGUCUGAGUCAAGCAUGAGCGAAGCUGACUCUCCAGACUCCAGCUCUUUGUCCAGUGAUUCAGAUGAGAGUGGUGGUCUUGUUUGGCCCCAGCAACUACCCCCACAACUCUCCCUCCCUUCACCUUCUGCCCCACCUGGGCCACCUCUGCACCCCAAGGCUUUUGUCAAGAUUAAGGCUUCACAUGCUCUUAAGAAGAAGAUCCUGCGCUUCCGCACUGGUUCACUGAAAGUAAUGACCACUGUAUAAAGUGGAAACUGGCCAUACUAAAACUGACAGCAGAUCUUUGGACUACGUAGAACAAUAGACCACAAACUACAGUGAAUAUAAAAAUCAAUGUGUAUAUGAAAGUUUUAUGUUCUUGGUUGAAAUAAUUGAUUGGAUGGCUUGAGAUAAGUCUUUACAAGUAAUGAAGGAAAUAGGCAUCACCAUAUUAGUUGCUGUUUCAAAAAUGGGAUGUCAAAUUGUAUAUGAAGUAUUACAUUUUACUGAAAGUCUUAUAUGGAUGACUCAUGUUUUAUAUAUAGGAUACCAUAAUUGGCCACAUUGGCCACUAAAUAUCCUCACCCUCAACUUGCACACAGCUACUGAUAGGGUAUAUCAUAUUCCAUGCUGGCAUUUUCUUUGA